AGCCUCAAAAAACAAAUCUUUGCAAACAAAUAUAACACAAUGAACUUGUAAACUGAGAAAUUUUAGUGAUUUCAAGAAUCCUAAGAAAAUCACAAUGGCAGCAACAGCAACAACUUCAUAUUUAAGUGCUCUAGACAAAAAGACUCCAUUUUUAUUUGCCUUGGACAAAAAGACUCCAUUUUUAUGCCCAAAAAACAGCACAAAGAGAAGGUCAUUUAAUGGAGGAGUUAAGUGCAUGGCAAUAGAGACAGCUUCAGGUGUUACACAAACCAAGAAAAAGAGUGGCUAUGAGUUACAAACUUUAACAAGUUGGCUAUUGAGACAAGAACAAGCUGGAGUUAUUGAUGCUGAACUUACCAUAGUAAUUUCAAGUAUUUCAAUGGCUUGUAAACAGAUUGCUUCUUUGGUCCAAAGAGCUGGAAUUUCUAACCUUACUGGAGUUCAAGGUGCUGUCAAUAUUCAAGGAGAAGAUCAGAAGAAACUUGAUGUUGUCUCUAAUGAGGUUUUCUCGAAUUGUCUAAGAUCAAGUGGAAGGACUGGGAUUAUAGCAUCAGAAGAAGAGGAUGUACCUGUGGCAGUGGAAGAGAGUUACUCAGGCAACUACAUUGUGGUGUUUGAUCCUCUUGAUGGAUCAUCAAACAUUGAUGCUGCUGUAUCUACCGGUUCUAUCUUUGGAAUAUACAGCCCGAAUGAUGAGUGCCUAGCUGAUCUUGGAGAUGAUUCCACGCUUGACAAUAUAGAGCAAAAGUGCAUCGUGAAUGUAUGUCAACCAGGGACAAACCUUCUUGCAGCAGGAUACUGCAUGUACUCAAGCUCUGUGAUUUUCGUACUCACCUUGGGAAAUGGCGUUUUUUCCUUUAACUUGGAUCCAAUGUAUGGAGAAUUUGUUCUGACUCAAGAAAAUGUCCAAAUACCAAAGUCUGGAAAGAUCUAUUCAUUCAAUGAAGGAAACUACCAGCUCUGGGAUGACAAGUUGAAAAAAUAUAUCGAUGACUUGAAAGACCCUGGUCCUAGUGGCAAGCCUUACUCUGCAAGGUACAUUGGUAGUUUGGUAGGUGACUUCCAUAGAACUCUUCUAUAUGGUGGCAUUUAUGGUUAUCCUAGAGACAGAAAGAGCAAGAAUGGAAAGUUGAGGCUUUUGUACGAAUGUGCUCCCAUGAGCUUCAUUGUGGAACAAGCUGGUGGCAAAGGAUCCGAUGGUCACCAAAGAGUUCUCGAUAUCCAACCAACUGAGAUACAUCAACGAGUUCCAUUGUACAUUGGAAGCACAGAAGAAGUUGAAAAAUUGGAGAAGUACUUGUCUUAAUUCCAAAAUCAAGACGAGACUGUGAAUUUGUAAUACUCGAAAGAAAUUCUUUUCACAAGAAGUCUAGGAACCAAUUGCUAAAGUCAUUAUGGUUCAAAGCUUUGCGGUGAUUCAAUUCAUAAAACAAUGUAAAGGUUUUUCCAUAUCUAAAAUCUGUCAUCCUCUUUCUUGAAA